CGGCAUGAUUUUGGUAUCGUCUAAAACCGAAGCGUUGUGCAUCUUCCUGCUGAUCUCUGGUUUCCUGAAACCAAUUACCCAAUUUUAUUUUCAUCUUGACUGGCACAUGUCCCCCAUUAGGGAUACAGCCAUAAGGAAAGGAAGGAAAGAUUUUCGUCUCGAAGCGCCACCUGAGCGGAAGACCGUCGAACUCUAUCCACGUUUUUGAUUGGGCUUUUUAUAAAUAUAUACACGCGUGAUAUUCGUGAGCGUCGUGAGAAGCAUGGAUUUAUACCGGGUGACACUGUAAAGUAUGGGCACAUUACAGUAAUUUCAUCGUUGAACGAUUUCAUAUGAUGGCUAGGAGAUGGGGUAGUGCGUCAAAGAGUGGAGGUAAACAAAUAUUAAUGAAUUGUUUGGCAAUGUAUUUCAUAUUUUACAUGUGAUUGUCUGAGUUAAUGAAAUUGUAAAUCGUAAUGUCGAUUUGACGAAUAACUAUCAUUGUUAAUUUGUUAUUUUGUAAUUAUUUAUUUAAACAAAUGGAAACGAUAAGGCCUUGUGGCUGUAAAGGCAUUCGGACCUGUUUAAUCUGUGAGGAACAAUUUAACAUCCCAAGGGUGGAGUUUGCCAGUGAUUUACAGAAGAAAGCAUGUUUUGUGUAUUGUCUAUAUUGUGACAAAGCCUGGCGUGGAUGGGACAGUAAUAGUUAUAUGGAACAUCCAAAUCAUAACGGAGAAUCAAUAAGCUUUCCUGGAGUUUAUAUAAAGCCAGAUUUUUUAACUGAUGCCGAAGCUGCUUCAAUGCUAACAAAUCUUGAUAGUUUACGCUGGGAAUUGUCACAGAGUGGUCGUCGAAAACAAAAUUAUGGUCCGAAAUGUAAUUUUAAGAAGAGACGACUGCGUAUAGGUGACUUCUGUGGAUUUCCAGGGAGCACAAAGAGCAUCCAGGAUAAAUUAUCUGAAGUACCAUUAUUGCAAAAUUUUCAAACAGUUGAGCAAUGCUCUUUGGAGUAUGAUCCGAGUCGUGGUGCAUCGAUAGAUCCGCACAUUGAUGACUGUUGGAUUUGGGGUGAAAGAAUAGUCACUGUGAAUAUUUUAGGAGAUACUGUAUUAACAAUGACUGUUUAUGAUGGCAAAUCGAGUCGCUAUAAUUUGGAAGAUGUUCCGAGUUAUCCUCCAGUAGUUAAAGAAUCAAACGAGGGUAAACCGUUUGAUAUUGUAGAGUUUCAAAAUUCACAGUAUAAAAAAGACAUUGUAGUAAGAUUACCAAUGCCUGCUAAAUCAUUGAUGGUUCUUUAUGGAGAAGCUAGGUAUGGUUGGGAACAUUCUGUUCUCAGAGAAGACAUAAAUUCUAGAAGAGUUUGUCUUGCAUACAGAGAGUUAACUCCGCCAUAUUUACCCAAUGGAAAGAAUUUUUCAGAAUCAGUAGAAAUUCUUGAGAAGGCUCGAAUGUUUUGGUAAAUUGUAAAUAUGUAUGAAAUGAAUGUAAAUAUGUAAUACAAAGUUAAAAUUGAUAUUUGAUUUUAACUGUUAUUGAAAUGGAUUAAAAAAGAGAAAUACAUGUUUUUUCUUUUUAACAGAAAUAUGUUGUAAUAUAUUUAAAAUACCAAAAACUGUUAAAUAAAGAUAAAAUGACCUAUGAGGGUUGAGAAGUUUCAAGGA